GAUCAGAGAGGUCCCUGAGAGGCCGCGCUGCUCCUUCUCCCACAUUCACUGGGGAGACUUGCUGUGCAAGUGCAAUUGCAGGCGGUUCGGGAGCACACACCCCAGACCUGCCGCCCUGCUUCUGUGCCUCUGCAUCUGCCACCGUGGGCCCCAAGUUCCAGCGACUUCUCCUGUCCCACACUCUCCGCUUUGCUCCCGUGUGUCCUGAAGGAAGGGGACGUGCUCCCGAGAGUUUCCACAGCAAGUGAUGACAGCAUUUGAAGACCUGGCUGUGUACUUUACAUGGGAGGAAUGGCAGAAAAUGAACAAUGCUCAGAAAAUCCUGUACAGAGAUGUGAUGCUGGAGACCUACAGCAGCCUGUUCUCCUUGGGGCACUGCAUUACCAAACCUGACUUGAUCUUCAAGUUGGAGCGAGGAGAAGAGCCAUGGAUGGUGGAUGAAUGCUUGAAUCAGAGCCUUUCUGUGGUCAUGAAAAGGGAUGACCUGAUUAGGAUCAACCAGGAAAGUCAGGACAAAAAUCUGAAUCAGGAUUUUAUGAAAAAUAACAAGACAUCAGCUCUCAAGGGAAUUGAAUUAAGAAAAACACUUAGUUUAAAUUCAAGCCAUGUUCCAACACUGAUUAUUAAAAAGGGAAUCUAUUCAGGAUUGAAGCCUGAGGAAUGCAAUAAAUGUCACACUGUGUAUCCCCCAAGUGGGCCUGAUCAACUACAGGCUGGAGAGAAAUUUGAUAACACUAAGAUACCUGGAAAAUCUCUCCAGUUCUGUGAGCCUCUUAGCCAGCUUGACAAUAUUCACAUCAUGAAGCAGCCAUUUGGACCCACUGGACAAGCAAAAGUCUUCACAAGAAAGAUGUUCUGUAAAUCUGAGAGGGUUCAUAUGGCAGAAAACUGUAAUAAGUCAACUGUCACUUUUGGAAAAGCAACGCAAAUAGAAAAAGCUAUCCAUGAAAAUUCUAGCCUCAAUAUGCAUCAACAAACUCACACAAGAAAGAAAUUUUAUAAGUACAUUAUGUAUGUUGAACCUGUCAUUCACCAGUCACAUCUUGCAAUAAACCAGAGACUAAAUACAAGGGAAAAACUUUACACAUGUAAACCUUGUGGAAAAUCACUCAGUUUUAAUUCACCUUCUGAAUGUAAUGACUGUGGAAAAGCCUUUAGACAAAAGUCAGUCCUCAGGAAACAUCAGCAAAUUCACACAGGGGAGAAACCUCAUGAGUGUAGUGACUGUGGAAAAGCCUUUAGACAAAAGUCAGUCCUCAGGAAACAUCAGCAAAUUCACACAGGGGAGAAACCUCAUGAAUGUAGUGACUGUGGAAAAGCCUUUACACAAAAGUCAUACCUCAUAAACCAUCAGCGAAUUCACACAGGAGAGAAACUUUAUAAAUGCCUUGAAUGUGGAAAAGGCUUUCUGUGGAAGUCAGACCUCAUAGAACACCAGAGAAUUCACACAGGGGAGAAACCUCAUAAAUGUAAUGACUGUGGAAAAGCCUUUGCACGAAAGUCAUCCCUCCUCAUACAUCAGCGAAUUCACACAGGGGAGAAACCUCAUGAAUGUAAUGACUGUGGAAAAGCUUUUGGACGAAAGUCAAUCCUCAUCAUACACCAGCAAAUUCACACAGGGGAGAAACCUUAUAAAUGUAAUGACUGUGGAAAAGCCUUUGGACACAAGUCAGGCCUCAGGAAACAUCAGCGAAUUCACACAGGAGAGAAACCUCAUAAAUGUAAUGACUGUGGAAAAGCCUUUGGACAAAAGUCAGGCCUCAGGAAACAUCAGCGAAUUCACACAGGAGAGAAACCUCAUAAAUGUAAUGACUGUGGAAAAGCCUUUGGACAAAAGUCAGACCUCAUGAAACACCAGCGAAUUCACACAGGGGAGAAACCUCAUAAAUGUAAUGACUGUGGAAAAGCCUUUGGACAAAAGACACACCUCCUCAUACAUCGGCGAAAUCACACAGGAGAGAAACUUCAUAAAUGUAAUGACUGUGGAAAAGCCUUUGGAGAAAAGUCAAACCUCAUCAUACACCAGCGAAUUCACACAGGGGAGAAACCUCAUGAAUGUAAUGACUGUGGAAAAGCUUUUGGACAAAAGUCACACCUCAUCAUACACCAGCAAAUUCACACAGGGGAGAAGCCUUAUAAAUGUAAUGACUGUGGAAAAGCCUUUGGACACAAGUCAGGCCUCAGGAAACAUCAGCGAAUUCACACAGGGGAGAAACCUCAUAAAUGUAAUGACUGUGGAAAAGCCUUUGGACAAAAGUCAGAGCUCCUCAUACACCAGCGAAUUCAUACAGGGGAGAAACCUCAUGAAUGUAGUGACUGUGGAAAAGCCUUUACACAAAAGUCAAACCUCAUCAAGCAUCAGCGAAUUCACACAGGGGAGAAACCUCAUAAAUGUAAUGACUGUGGAAAAACCUUUGGACAAAAGUCAAAGCUCCUCAUACACCAGCGAACUCACACAGGGGAGAAACCUCAUGAAUGUAAUGACUGUGGAAAAGCUUUUGGACGAAAGUCACACCUCAUCAUACACCAGCAAAUUCACACAGGGGAGAAACCUUAUAAAUGUAAUGACUGUGGAAAAGCCUUUGGACACAAAUCAGGCCUCAGGAAACAUCAGCGAAUUCACACAGGAGAGAAACCUCAUAAACCUCAUAAAUGUAAUGACUGUGGAAAAGCCUUUGGACAAAAGACACACCUCAUCGUGCACCAGCGAAUUCAUACAGGGGAGAAACCUUAUAAAUGUAAUGACUGUGGAAAAGCCUUUGGACAAAAGUCAAACCUCAUCAUGCAUCAGCAAAUUCACACAGGGGAGAAACCUUAAUGUAAUGACUGUGGAAAAGCCUUUGGACAAAAGUCAGACCUCCUCAUACACCAGCAAAUUCACACAGGGGAGAAACCUCAUAAAUGUAAUGACUGUAGAACAGCCUUUGGACACAAGUCAUGCCUCAUAUUACAUUAGAGAAUUCACACAGGGCAGAAACUUCAUGAAUGUAAUGACUGUGGAAAAGCCUUUGGACAAAAGUCAAACCUGAAUGCACCAGAGAAUGCACACAGGGUAGAAAACUCGAUUGUAAUAACUGUGGAAAGCAUUUAGCCAUAAGUCAACCUUCAUCAUGCAUCAGAGAAUUCAUACAGGGCAGAAACCUUAUGAAUGUAAUGACUGGAAAAGCCUUUGGACAAAAGUCAAACCUGAAUGCACCAGAGAAUGCACACAGUAUUGAAAUUUCAUGAGUGUAAUGACUGGAAAAACUUAAUCUCCAACUCCAAAUUCUUCAGAGGAUUCACACAGGGAAAUAACCUUAUAAAUGUAAUGACUGCAGAAAAGCCUUUUUCUAUAAGUUAUACUCAUAUCAAAACAGUUCACACAGGGCAGAAACCUUAUGAAUCUAGUAAGUGUGGAAAAGCCUUUAUAAAUUAUAUGUUAUUAAUCAUAGCUCAUAUCACACCAGAGAAUUCACACCAGGGAGAAACUUCAUGAAUGCAAUGACUGUGGAAGAGCCCUUGGCAAUAAGUCACAUCUCAGAAUGCAUCAGAAAAUGCACAUGAAGAGAAACCUUUUGGACAUAAUGACUUGGAAAGCUUUUCCCCAUAAUUCAGCCCUCAUUGCACAUCAUCUAAUUCAUAUGGGGGAAAACACUUUGGGUGUAAUGCAUAUGGAAAAGCCUUUAUCCAUAAGUAACACCUCAUAAAACAUCAGAAUUCACAUGGGGGAGAAACCUUAUGAAUGGAAUGAAUGUUGGAAAACUCUGCCAAAAUCACACAAUAUAACAUCAGAGAAUUUAUUACAUGGUGGAAAUCUUGUAAUAAAUGUGGGAAAGCCUUUUGUCAGAAGGAAUACCUCAUAACAUGUAGAUCAAACAAGGGAGAGAACUUAAGAAUAUAGUAAAUAUGAAGGACUUUUUGUAAAAUCAACAUAACCAUGUGACAGAGCCUUUUGCUGGAAAUUACAUCCCAUACAAUAGGCACUCCCAUAAGGAAGAAAGGUUGGGGCCAGCGCUGUGGCACAGUAGGUUAAAGCCCUGGCCUGAAAUGCUGGCAUACCAUGUGGGCACUGGUUCUAGUCCCGGUUGCUCCUCUUCUGAUCCAGCUCUCUGCUAUGGCCUGGGAAAGCAGUAGAAGAUGGCCCUGCACCCACAUGGGAGACCCAGAAGAAGCUCCUGACUCCUGGCUUUGGAUCGCUGCAGCUCCAGCCAUUGCAUCCAUCUGGGGAGUGAAGUAGCAGAUGGAAGACCUCUUUCUGCUUCUCUGUCUCUCUCUAACUCUGUCUUUCAAAUAAAAAAAAUAAAUUGUUAAAAAAAGAAGUUCAGAAAUAUUAUUAGUGUGACAAAAAGCCAUUUGUCAGAAAUGGCAUUAUACAUCAGAAAAUUCACCCAAGGGGUUUCUUAGCAGUGUAAUGAAUGUGGAAGUAUAUUUUCAUAGAAUUCAGGCUUGCAUAAAUAUGCAACUCAAAAAGGUGAUAUCCUUCAAGUGCAACAGAUCUCAAAAAACCAUAGCCAGAAAUUAAACAUCAGGCUGGCACCAUGGAGCAAUAGGUUGAUCCUCCACCUAUGCUGGCAUCCAUAUAGGUGCCAGUUCUAGUCCCAGCUGCCCGUCUUCAAUCCAGCUCUUUACUGUGGCCUGGGAAAGCAGUAGAAGACAGCCCAAGUGCUUGGGCCUCUGCACCCACAUGGAAGACCAGGAAGAAGCACCUGGCUCCUGGCUUCAGAUCAGUGCAGUCUGGCCAUUGCGGCCAUUUGAGGAGUGAAACAACAGAAGGAAGACCUUUAUCUCUGUCCCUCUCACUGUCUGUAACUCUACCUGUCAAAUAAAUAAAAAUAUUUAAAAAAAAAAAAACAAGAAAUUAAACAUCAACUAACAUCAGAGAAUUCAUACAGUAAAAUGUCAAUUUAAUGAAUGUGAAAAAAUUUUUCUGCCAUUAAUCAAUUCACAUGAAGAGACUCCAAAAUGAGAAAACAUAUGUGCAUAGAAAAGUCAUGUACCAUGGCCAUGGUGAUUUCACUUUUAUUGUAAGAUCAUCAUCAUCCCCAACAUUCUGUAAGUUGCCCUGGAAACUAUGAGGUACACAGUGUCUCAGGGCCAUUUUAGCCAAGAGUAAUAAUUCUUUCUCCUCAAUGUAAUAUAUAUAUAUAUAUAUAUGAAUAUAUGUAACAUAUAUAACAUAUAUAUAUUUUAUACAUAGAUAAAUUUGCCACUGUGUGUCUAGAUACUAGUAUAUUUCCUGAAAAUUAUGCGGGAAAAUAGUGGGAUCUUAAUGUGAUUUUUAUCCCUGAAUUAGGUAUGUUUAUUUAAUUUUAGAGGUUGGUAGACUUGGAGACACAGAGAAACAGAGAUUAUGAGCUACAACUUGGUGGCUUACUCUUCAUUCUUGUAAUGAUCAGAAACUGGAUUAUUACAGAAAGCUGAGCUAUUCUUUUCUGAUGAUAAAUACAUUAUAAAAUUUCAAAAGGUUGCUCUAUAUAUUUAUAUUACAAAUUAUAUAUAUGUACAUUUAUAUUGUCAUAAAGUAAACACACACACAUAUAUAUUAUAUAUAUAAACACCUUUAAAAUUCUCCUUGUUACUGGUAUAAAUAUUUUGAAUUUUAAAUAUUUACUUCCUUUUAAAAUUUUAUUUAAGAUAAGUUUGAUAUAUUUCAUAUAUACAGACUAAUGAAUGUAAGUGACACUUCCCCUGAUACCCUCCCUCCCACACACAGUCCAACCCUUUCUCCUCUUCCCUCUCACAUUCCCACUUAACUUUUACAAAAUCUGUUUUCAGUUUACUUAAUGAUUGUAUAGUUAACCCUACACUAAGUAAGAGUUCAACAAGUCAGCAAAUAGUAUGAAGAAAAAAAAUGAAUUUAAAAAAAUCACUGUUACUCAAUGGAAGAGACAAGGACUCUAAACAAUCAUCAAAUCUCAAAAUGUGUAUCUAACUCCAAUACAUUACAUUUUAGGUACUCUAUUAGCUACCUCAGAUCAGGGAAAAUAUAGGAUAUCUGUCUUUUGGAGACUUGUUUAUUUUACUAAGUAUAAUGGUUUCCAGCUUCAUCUAUCUUGUUGCAAAAGACAGGGUUUCUUUUUCUUUCUUUCUUUUUUAAUAACUGCAUAGUACGCCAUAGUGUGUAUAUACCAUAAUUUUCUUAUCAAGUCAACAAUUGAUAUCUGGAUUGUUCCCAGAUCUCAGCUAUUGUGAAUUGUGCUGCAAUGAACAUGGGGUUAUAGAUAACUCUUGCAUAUGCUAAUUUCGUUUAGGUAAAUUCCAUGGAGUGGGAUGGCUAGAUCAAAUGGUAGGCCUAUAAUCAGAAUUGUAAGAUAUCUCCAUACAGUUUUUCACAGUGGCUUGCAUCAGUUUACAUUCCCACCAGCAGUGGACCAGCGUAACUUUUCCACAUCCUCAUCAGUUUUGUCAUUUGUUGAUUUUUUUUUUUUUUGACAGGCAGAGUUAGGCAGUGAGAGAGAGAGAGACAGAGACAGAGAGAAAGUCUUCCUUCCAUUGGUUCACCCCCCAAAUGGCCACUACGGCUGGUGCACUGCAGCCAGCAUGCUGCGCUGAUCUGAAACCAGGAGCCAGGUGCUUCCUCCUGGUCUCCCAUGCGGGUGCUAUUCUUUCUUCCCUAGUUCUGACUCUUAAAACUGUUCCAAAUUAUGGGAUUUGAUUCAAUGCACCAGGCCUUAAAUUUAAGGUUUUAUUUCUGACUUUUCAACAACCAAAGGGACAGAUUCUGUGUUAUUUUAAAGUAAUCUACUAUGUUCUCUUACUGCCUCUUAAGUUCUAAUUGUUUAAAACAACUGAGUUUUAAAGGAGUUAUGAUUUGAUCAAAUCUGACCCUUGGGCUAGAUGGUGAAAGUGACAUCUUAAGUUUUAACAUUUAUAUAUAUAUAUAUAUAUGUUUAAGUUUAAAAGUGACUGUAUUUGAUUGCAUUAAGUUUUAAGUUGAUCAUGUAGGAGGCACUGUUAAAGUGAUCAUAUCAACAGAAUUAAAGAGUAGUAAAUGCUUGAACAUGGGAAGCAGUCCAUACAGCAGACUCAUAGAAUGGCAAUUGCUCUAAGUAACGCUCAAUGACCUCAGAGUCAUCCCUAAAGGCAUUCUGGUCUGGCUAAAAAGCCCACAAGAGCAUUUCAGGCAUGGAAAGUCAGGACACUUGUGCAAAAAGGUGUGCCUACAUGGAGAGUCUCCCUGGGUGAGACUCCUGUGGAAAGAAGUGGUCAUCAAAGAAGGAUGUACUCUCUUCAAAGGGAGAACUUUCACUUUGCUUAUGGCCUUCUCUAAUAUUGAUGGAUUUUGUGGAUUCAGAAGGCUUCCAUAGCCUAGACAGUUCAUGUCAAGAGCCUUGGGUGAUCACUGACAGCACACAAAAGAGUGUGAAUUGUGAAAUUAACCAUAGGAGUCACUGUGCAUUAACUUCCCAUGCAGGACCAUAAGACUAUGCUUAAAAAACAGAGGGGAGAGUACGGUACCCCCACUAUGAGUGUAUUAACUUUGCUCCUUUCACCGUAAAGUUCUUACAGGUCUCACCCCCUGGAGAGCCACCAGCAGUGAGACACUGGAGACCUUUCACAGGUGCAACCCAAUUGCCUCUGGUUUGAUGGAGGGACCCAACCACCCAACAAUGGAAGGGGCCUGAUCCUCUCAUAAUGAUGGGCAAAGGUUUUGCUUGUGCUUUCCAGAGAUCACUCUGCAGCCUGUGUGGAUAGCAACCUGAAAUGCCAAACCCUGGACCCAGUCUCUGAAAGCUGACCCUCUACAAACCAACUUCAGCACCUUUCCCUGAACAAGCCAUUCAUAAAAAGAUCCUCUUCAGAUGGGCUACAGCUUAAAUGGAAGGGACCUUACCAGGUGCUACUGAACAUGACUACCUCAGUAAAAUUAGGAUUAAUGUCUACCUCUCAAGUCCUCACAGGUGUACUCAAAAGACAUGCCUGAUUAUUCCUGUAAGCCAGAGAUCUUAAGCAAAAAGAAAAGUAAAGCCUUUGCUUUCCUCACAUCAAGAGUGCUGUGCCUGAAGGCAGGCAUGGUGUACCUGCCUCUUUGAUUCUCUCUGUUAUCAACAAUAAAACUCCUAAUGUGUUCUUCUAAUAUAAUUCUCUAUACUCAA